GUUUGUUAAGGAUCAUGGCGGGGAGAUUGUCAUUUCAUUGCUGCCGGAAUAUUUCGUCCUUAAACUGGGUGAAAGCUGCACUGUUGUUUUUUAUUUACCACCUGGCUGGGGCAGUAUCUGAUCGAGUGAUUGUUGAUCCACAUAUAACAGCGGUGUUGGGAAAAAAUAUCACAUUAAUCUGCAAAGUUUUUGUUGUGGAGGCUCUCACACAAAUUUCCUGGGAGAAAGUACAGAAUGGAAGCACUCAGACUCUUGCUGUCUACAAUCCAUCCUAUGGGAUCUCAAUUGAUGAGCCAUAUCAGCAAAGGAUGUCUUUCAAAAGCCCUUCCAAUAGGGAUGCAACGAUUAUACUUGAAGAUGUCAGAUUUACUGACACUGGAGAAUAUAUAUGCAAGGUGACCACCUUCCCUUCUGGUAACUCGCAGUCAUCAACCACCGUUUCUGUCAUGGUUGAACCAAAAGUAUAUGUUGUGAAGGGUUCACAGCCUCUGACUGAUGGUGGAAAUGAGACCAUAGUUGCAGUGUGCAAGGCUGAGAAAGGAAAACCCGCUGCUGAAGUCACCUGGGAGUCUGAUGUUUUUGGACAGUCCUUUCAAAAUCUGAGCACAGAACCUAAUGAAACAAUAACUGUUAGCAACUAUUACAAGUGGAUACCAACCAGAUUUGCACAGGGAAAACAGCUAACCUGUGUAGUCAGGCAUCCAGCCUUGGAAAUGGAAGUUCGAAUUCCCUUUGUUCUGAACAUAAAGCAUGCCCCUGAAGUUGGAAUAACUGGCUAUGAUGAGAACUGGUUUGUUGGAAGGGAAAAUGUGCAACUUAAAUGCAAUGUAGCUGCAAAUCCUCCACCAACAAAAUAUGUAUGGAGUCGUUCUGAUGGAGAGUGGCCCAGUGAUCUGCAGUCUGUGAACAAUACUCUUAUAUUUAGCAAACCCCUGCACCAUAAUCACUCGGGGACAUACCAGUGUGAGGUCACAAAUGAAAUUGGAAGCAGCAAGAAGCAAAGGACAAUUCAUAUAUUAGAUCCUCCUCCUACUACCACACUUUCAACAACGUCACGUCCUUUUGUGGCAUCAGAUAUCACAAGCUUAGCUGCAACCAAUCGAUCACAAUUCACUUCCCCAACACUGGAGUCUUUGCACAAUGGAAAUCUGGGUAGCAUCAUUGGUGGUGCAGUGGGUGGUGCCCUGUUUCUUAUUUUGCUCAUCAUCCUCCUUGGAAUGUGCUACAUGAGGAAAAGGAGAACUUUUCGGGGAGACUACUACACCAAACAGUACUUGGGACCAUCAGACAUGCAAAAGGAGUCUCAAUUAGAUGUACUACAACCUCAUGAGCUUGAGCUUUAUAGUGACCCCAGCAAGGGUACUGUUAAACAAAAGCCUAAUGAUAUGAUUUACCCAGAUUACCCAAAAGAAAUGAAAAACCACGACUGGGGCACCAUAGACAAUAUGAACAAUGGAUGUCCAGAAGACUCGAUGCCAGUUGAAUAUUAUGAAGAUCGAAGACUUCCUAUAGGAACAAAAUACGUUCAAGAUGACUAUUAUGAAGGCAAUGACGGAGACUUUGUAUCACACCUGGAUGGUUCAGUAAUUUCAAGAAGAGAAUGGUAUGUGUAGGGUUAAAAAAAAGACUAUAAUGUACAAAGUAAUUAAUAUUAAAUUCUCUAGCUCUGUCUUUACAAAAAAA